AUGACCUCGCUGCACGAUCUGACGCAGCUGUCAAGCAUCUCAGACGAGUCCAUUACAGCACUCCUGAGAGAGCGCUUCAACAACGAUCUAUUCUGCGCCAAGCUCUCGUCUACUGCAACAGUCAUUGUCAAUGCCUUCCAAGAUCUCAGUCAGGAACCUAUUGCCAGGACGUACAAUCCCGAAGAGCUUCCAGCCGUGUCGGAUGCAGUGUUGCAAGCCUAUGAACAUCUGAGGCGCGAUCAAGAGUCUCAAUCUGUUCUCUUCAUAGGCGAGUCUGGCUCAGGCAAGUCUGCCUAUCGCAAGCACUCAGUUGGCGCCUUGAUUGACGCCACAGCAACAGAAUCAACCCUAGCAGAGCGCAUCAAACAUGCUCAAACGAUCCUCGAUGGCUUUGGUAGUGCAAAGCAAGUAUCAAGUGUAGAUGCCUCACGCUUCGGUCUCUCCCUCGAGCUCCAAUUCAACAACAAAACACGCAUGGUCGGAUGCAAAUGGAUGGACUUUCGGCUGAAGAAGGAUCUCGUCUCCCAUGUACCCACUGGCGAACGCAACUUCCACGUCUUUUACGGGCUUUUGGCAGGCAUGUCACAUUCUGAGCUUGCACAUCUCGGACUGGACAGUACCGGUUGGUAUCGCUAUUUGGGUCAUGCAUCUGCAAAACAGGUCUCUGGUAUUGAUGAUUUCCAGUCAUUCGCAGCACUCAGACAGUCGCUACAUCGUGUCGGCGUCUCUCGCUUGGAUAUCGCUUGCAUCUUUCAAACCCUUGCAGCAAUUCUGCACCUCGGCCAACUGGAAUUUGUCGACAGCAAGCAUCAAGAGGCUGCAUACGUCAAGGACACUAAACCGCUGGACCUCGCUGCUGCCUUUCUUGGAGUGACGCCUGAUGUCCUCGAGAAUGCAUUAGUGUACAAGACCAAGACCAUCCGUCGUGAGCACAUCUCCGUCAUGCUUCCUGCGCGUGGAUGUCAAGAACACUGCGAUGAGCUUGCCUCAGUGCUGUAUUCUUUGCUCUUUGCCUGGCUCGUUGAAACACUGAAUGACAAGCUUUGCGUGCAUGAAUCGCAGGUGGCCAAUUUCAUCGCGCUUGUCGAUUUUCCUGGCUUCGCUGCAAGAGGUUCCGAUAGUGUUGCUGGUUUUGAUCAGCUCCUCUUCAAUACUGCCAACGAGCAGAUUCAGCGUCUUGUGGUGCAAACCUUCUUUCACGACAAGAAACAAUUCUACGACACGCAAGAAAUUGAGGUGGCCGAUAUCAAGUUUGAUGACAAUGAGGCAGUCGUCACUGCACUGACAAAGCCUAGUAAUGGUCUGCUCGCCAUCCUUGACGAUCAGUCCAGCAAACUCAGUCGAGGCAAGACCGAGACGACUUUCGUCGAAGCACUCGGCAAACGCUUCAGCGAAGACAUUAUCGCCAUCAACCUCCCUUCUGCCGGCAAUUUCAACCGUCGGCUAGGCUUCACAGUUGCUCACUAUGCUGGUCAAGUGGACUAUGACGUUGCUGGCUUUCUCGAUCUUAAUCAAGAAGUCAUCUCUGCAGAUCUUGUCGCCAUCUUUGCCGGUGUUGGCCAGGAAGCUGCACACACAUCCUCCACAUUUAUCCUACGACUUUUUCAGAGUACAGUCAGUGGUGCGCCUAAAGUUGCAACGGAAGGACGUGUUGCUAUGCAGCCAGCACGACGACCCACCAUGAAACGUCGAGUGCGUCCCGAGCAUGACUCAGGCACUGGUGCUGCUGAUCAAUUUCGUCAAGGGCUUCAACGUUUGACGGAAUCUUUGCUGCAAACACGACGCCAUUUUGUCUUUUGCGUCAAACCAAAUGAUCGACGCUUAGCAAAUCAAUUCGACAGCAAGUGUGUCGCUCAUCAGCUUGCCUCCUUGCAACUCUCGCGUAUUGUCGAUCGUAUUCGCAGUGCAGACCAUUCCAAUGUCCUUUCCUUUUCCAUGUUUCUCAGCCGGUAUGUGAAGCAGGAGGAUUUGCCAGUUGCAGGCACUCAUGAAAGCCAAUGUCAACUUGUUCUACGAGAUUGGGGAUUCUUUCAGCGAGAUGCCAUGGUUGGUACAACACAUGUUUUGCUCUCUGAAAAGACCUGGUAUACACUUGAGCAGCGACGUGACCUAGGUGGCGUUUAUAACAUGGCAGGCGCUAGCCGCUCCAACCUCUUGCUGACUGGGUCCCGAGAGAACCUCCUCGAAGCAGCAUCAGAGUAUGGCCAGCAAGACAUUUUUGCCAAUAUGCAAUCAAAAGAUGCUCUUGAACAACAGGCCAAGAUGGCGAAUGCAGGACAAGCCGUUGAAGAGAUCUCUGUGUCUGGGAGUAGGAAACGCUGGCUCUUCAUUGUCUACUUCCUGACUUGGUGGUUGCCUGACUUUGUCAUCAAGGCUUUUGGCUCGAAGCGAAAGGACAUUCGCAUUGCAUGGCGUGAAAAGCUUGCCAUCAACAUCCUCAUUUGGAUGGCUUGUGCCAUCGCCGUCUUCUUCAUUGCCUUUCUCGGUGAGAUUCUAUGUCCACGACAAGCUGUAUACUCUUUCAGUGAGCUUGCGGCGCAUGGCCCGCAGGAGAAGCAACCCCUCACUGCCAUUCGAGGCGAAGUCUUCGAUGUCGGUUCCUUUGCACCUCGUCACUACCCGCCGAUCGUCCCUACAAAGAGCGUACUCAAGUACGCCGGCCACGAUGCCUCUGCCUUGUUUCCUGUGCAAAUCUCAGCCUUGUGCCAAGGAACCGAGGGUACCGUCGAUCCAGCCGUGACCAUCUCCAGCAAUUACACCGACAUCAAUGCUGGCUAUCAUGACUUUCGAUAUUUUACAAACGACUACCGUAAGGACUGGUAUUUCCAACAGAUGAUGAUGCUACGUAGCAACUACCGCGUUGGGUACAUUGGCUACACGACCAAAGAUAUCACAGUAUUGGCAUUGAAGCAGCAGAGUAUCGCCAUCAUCAAUGGUCAAGUUUUCAACCUGACAGACUACAUUCAGGGCGGUCGUCAGAUCCUUGGUGGAGGUGGUGGCAAAGUCUCGACUGACUUUAUGGAUCCUAGUCUAGUCUCGCUCUUCCAGCAGCAAAGUGGGAAGGACAUCUCGAAAAGCUUCAGUGCACUACCAAGCCAGUCCAAGCAGUACAUGGAAGUGUGCCUUCGCAACCUCUUCUUUUGUGGACGUGUUGACACUCGCAAUGGACCGCGCUGUCUCACUUCGCGCUACAUCCUGCUCGCCAUCAGUAUCAUGCUUGUUAGCCUGAUUGGCGUGAAAUUCUUAGCUGCCUUGCAAUUCAGCACAAAGCGAUUGCCCGAGAAGCUCGACAAGUUUUUGAUUUGCCAGAUUCCAGUGUACACAGAAGACGAGGAAUCCGUGCAGUCCACCAUUGACAGUAUUGCUCGCAUGAACUACAAUGAUCAGCGCAAGCUCAUGUUUAUCAUUUGUGAUGGUAUGGUUACCGGCAAGGAUUGCGAUCGCUCGACGCCACAAAUUGUGCUGGACACGCUGGGUGUGCUGGAUACUGAUGCUGUUGAGCUGCCAUUUGAAUCACUUGGCGAGGGAACGGGCCGUCUCAACUAUGCAAAAGUGUAUUCUGGUUUGUACGAAACGACUGGCCACGUCGUUCCCUUUAUUGUUGUCGUCAAAGUUGGCAAGCCGAGUGAGACGCUCAAGGCUGGUAACAGAGGAAAGCGUGACAGUCAGCUCAUCAUGAUGCGCUUCUUAAAUCGAGUGGCAAACGGCUCACCCAUGACUCCACUUGAGCUCGAGCUCUACCAUCAGAUCCAGAAUGUCAUUGGCGUUUCGCCAAGUAUGUACGAGUUUUGCUUGAUGGUGGAUGCAGAUACAACUGUUGAGAAGGACGCUGCGACACGUAUGAUUGCAAGUUGUUUGGAUGAUACUCGCAUCAUCGGCAUUUGUGGCGAAACGCAUCUUGCAAAUGCAAAGUCGUCCAUGGUCACCAUGAUUCAAGUCUACGAAUACUUCAUCUCGCACAAUCUUGCAAAGGCAUUCGAAUCGCUUUUCAGAUCAGUGACGUGUCUUCCUGGCUGCUUCACCAUGUAUCGUCUGCGCGAUGAAGCAAGUCGCCGACCGCUGUUUGUCUCUGACCGUAUCAUUGAAGAAUACUCGCAGAACCGAGUGGACACCCUUCACACCAAAAACCUACUGCACCUCGGCGAGGAUAGGUAUCUGACUACCUUGUUGCUCAAACACCAUCCAAAGUACAGCACUAUAUUUAUUCGAGAUGCAAAAGCGGCCACCGUCGCCCCUGAAAGCCUCAGCGUCUUGCUAUCACAACGACGGCGCUGGAUUAACUCGACAAUCCACAAUCUGGUUGAACUUGUCGCGCAGGGCAGUGGUCUUUGUGGCUUUGCCUGCUUUGGCAUGCGCUUCAUUGUAUUUAUGGAUCUGGCAUCCACGGUUGUUCAGCCAGUCACGGUUGGUUACAUUGCGUAUCUGUUUUACCUGACUGCCAAAGACUCUGCAUUGAUUCCAAUCACGUCUCUCAUCCUGUUUGCUGCGAUUUACGGUCUGCAAGCAGUUAUCUUCAUCAUUCGUCGCAAGUGGGACAUGAUUAUCUGGAUGAUCAUUUACCUACUUGCAUUGCCAAUCUUUUCUCUUGCACUGCCAUUAUAUGCGUUUUGGUCCAUGGAUACCUUUACCUGGGGCUCGACACGUAUCGUUGAUGGAGAGAAUGGCAAGGCCGUUCUUGUGACGAAUGAAGGCGUCUUUGAUGAAUCCAUGGUCCCUCUUUCUCCCUGGACAGAGGAAUACGCCAAUUGGUCACCACCCGCGGAGAAACAAGUCGAUGCGGCUUCUAUGACGUCUCGUGGCUCCUACAAUACACGCUACGAAGCAUCAGGCCUGUUGAACCGCUAUUCUCUGGCAGCAGCGCAUUCGCCCAGGCAAACACGGCCAGCGUAUUCCAAGACUGACCUACAUGGCGAUGCCGUCGAGAUGGAUGAGCUCGCCCUACAGCGACCGACACGUGAUGAGUUAACGGCUUCUAUACGAGAGCUAUGUGCAACUGAGGUCACUCCUACAAGGCGCCUAAUAAGAGAGAAGCUGGAAAUGCAAUAUGGGUGUGACCUGGAGUUUGAGAAGGAUUGGAUCAACCAGACAUCUGCUUCGGUGUUUCAAGGUCUGCGAUAA